AUGACAGCGUCAAUCGUCACAUCUCCGGGCGUAGUUACCGGCCCUGAAGGUCUGUCGCGCAAAGUCGUCGCCAACUGCGAAGCGUUGCUCUUCCAGCGCCCUGACGACGCCAUUUACCGUGGGUACGACACCCAAACCGAGCGUGAUAUGAGCGGGACGGACUUGUUCAUCUCGAACUACCAGCCGCUGACCCCGCGAGGACACAUUGCCAAGCCGCGCGAAACCGCAAUCGCCAAUCUUGCCAGCCACCUGUAUCACGGACUGCCGAUCGACGAACCGCUGCCCCUGCCGGUCGACGUGGUCGCCGCCGGGCGUCGCAACAACCCGCCCGAGGGCAAAAUCCCGGCCUUGUGUGCGUACAACCCACUGCACUACAUGGAGCUGCCGGAAUUAUUCAUGGGAGUUCAUCUCCUCGAUGACUGGUAA